AUGAUCAAGUGGCCGUCACCAAGAAGGAAAGUGCAUCCCACCUCAAACUACGAAGGAAGCCGGCCAAACGGUCUGCAAUAUUCCUUCAGAGCCAAUGGCGCUGGCCAUUCGUUCACAUGGAGCCCCUCUACCUUCUCUGGAUCUCAGAACCAGGUGGACCAUCCGAAGUUGCCCCAUGAAAAGCGUCGAAGGCUCAAUGAGGUUCAGGUCAACGUUGAAGCGCUUGGAGUUGCCAAAAUCCGUCUGGACGAGGAUGUGAUAUUCGACUUCACGUCAAAUCACAAGGAGGUAAAGAAGCAGCUUUCGAAUGUCGAAGGUGAGCGAGAUGACCUUCUACGGCGUCUUGAUGAGACUAGAAAGGACCACGAGAAGGUUCUUUCAAAUGUCAAAUCUGAGCGAGACGAGUCCAUACAAGAGCUAAAAGAGGCCAACGAAAAUCUUGAAAAGGCCAAACAGGAACUGGAGAAUGCGGAGGCAGAACUCGAACGAUCUUCCAAUGCUUCCUUCGACUUGAGUACCGAAUUGUCUCCUUUGAUAAGUACCAUCAGAUAUCUACGAGACGACCACAAGGAUCAGCUCAGCACUCUCAAGAAGGAUCUUCAGGACUCUGAAGACAAUCACCGGGCUGUCUCGGACUCAUUGAAGACGCGCGAGAGGGAAUUGAAGGCUUGCCGCGACGUUUAUGCUAAGCUAGUUGACGGACUUCGUGAAUCCAACACGAAAUACAUUAGCGAGAAUAGUAGUCUGCGGACCAAGGCGUCAGAGCUCCAAGGUGUCUUGGACAAGCAGAGACAAAACACAAUUAUCGAACUAUAG